CUGGAAAUCCCCGGAACGCACGCUUUUCACUGGAAAACAAUAUUUUGCUUUCUAGCUGCUACAGAGUUGCUGUUUCUUCGACAUUUUUGCAUUGACAGAGAACCAAGGUGCUGCAAGAAAAUAUUAAUCACAGGGAGGCGAGGUAUACAUCCAUAUUGACAUUAUUUAAGACAGCGUAGGAUAUUAUUUUUUAGUCAAUAAAAGUUUGUGGCGGUCGUCGAUCGGAGAUUCCAACGCAGCCAGCCAAGCUCUUACAGCUGAGCUAGCUAGGUAACGUUAGCGUUAAGUUGAGCUAGUUGAAGUUUGUGCAUCUUGUAUAAAUAAAUAUGUAACUACUACAUAUUGUAGGUAGUUAUUAUAUGACAUGGGAUUUCGAUGAUUGAUGAUCACGAGUCGCUUACUUUUUCGACUGUUUUGAGUGGCUACUGUACCUAACUAACGUUAGCUAAUUUAGGACAUGCUAGACCGGCACUGACUUGUACAAUAUUUUAUUUAACGCGUUAGUCCCACGUAAAAUAUUUAAGACGACUAGGUAGCAAGCUGUUUAUUCACUCAGAAGGAACUUUUAAUUCAGAAUUGAAUGUAAUUCGUUCAGUAACUAACUUGCUAGAUGAUGCAAUGUUGUAAUAAUAUCGAACUUUAGCGAGCUAACGUUAGCUAUACAACGUCAAAUUUGUUUUUGAAACCCCAACUAGUCAACAUUUGUAACGCCAACACGAGUAGGGUAGUUUGUUAAAUAUGCAAAACUGUCCUUCAACUUUUCGAGUUAGUUAUAGAUUUUAGAUUAAGUAUUUAUUGAUAACACGUAGGGUAGUUACCUAGGCACUUGAUCAACAAAGAUUAGCCCAAUACCGUGACACCAGUUCUCACCUAGCUAACUAUUAGCCUACACAACUCUUACUGAAAUACUGUAUCUUAUAAUUGCCAACCGAGUCAAAGUCAUUACCAGAGCAGUCUGUACUUUGACCCAAUUCUUGUCUUUAUGAACCAGAACCCUCCCGCUGCUUUCUUCUCCACAUCUUCUGGGCUGCAUUCCAGCGGCACAUGUCCCCUUCUGCUUUCAUUUCAAAGCCACCGGUCCCCCUUUCACCACACUUUCCCACCUGUCACCACACUUUCCCACCUGUCACCCCUUCACCACACUUUCCCACCUGUCACCCCUUCACCACACUUUCCACAGGUACCCCCUUCACCACACUUUCCCACCGGUCCCCCAUAGCUACAACAACUAGUAAUGAUUUUGUUUAACUAAUCACAUGGGUGUUCUCUCUCUCUCCUAGAUCGGAUCGCCUUUCUUCAUCUCCUGCCUUGUGUCCCUGUGUCGAGUCCUCUCCUCCUCCCAUCGGUCCAGUGAGCAGUUGAGAGAAUGAAUGGAUACAGGAUGGAAGAGCAGGAGUUGAGCUUCACCAUGAGCCAGGGGUCCUUCCAGCAGCUUUGGGAGACCAAGUAAGUUUUGAACAACCUUUAGGACCCACAGAUCUGGGGAAGGGUACCAAAACAUUUAUGCAGCAUUGAAGGUCCACAAGAACGCAGUGGCCUCCAUCAUUCUGAAAUGGAAGAACCACAAAGACUCUUCCUAGAGCUGGCCGCCCGGCCAAACUGAGCAAUCGGGGGAGAAGGUCCUUGGUCAGGGAGGUGACAAAGAACCUGAUGGUCACUCUGACAGAGUUCCUCUGUGGAGAUGGGAGAACCUUGCAGAAGGACAACCAUCUCUGCAGCAAGCCACCAAUCAGGCCAGACGGAAGCCUCUCCUCAGUAAAAGGCACAUGACAGCCCGCUUGGAGUUUGCCAAAAGGCACCUAAAGGACUCUGACCAUGAGAAACAAGAUUCUCUGGUCUAAUGAAACCAACAUUGAACUCUUUGGCCUGAAUGCCAAGCGUCAUGUCUGGAGGAAACCUGGCACAAUCCGCAUGGUGGUGGCAGCAUCAUGCUGUGGGGAUGUUUUUCAGCGGCAGGGACUGGGAGACUAGUCAGGAUCGAGGGAAAAAUGAACAGACUUACAUAAUUAUGUUUAGGACUACCAAUGUAGCUACUUCUAGACUUAAGACUGGACAGAGAUGGUUGUGUGUGAGUGGCAGCCUAGAGACUUUGUAUAAUGUAUUACAGCACCUCUUCUACAUUUAGGUAAUAAUUAGUUGCACUGUGAUUUGUAUCUCCUUUCUUUAGCAUGACUACUCGGGGGCCCAAUAUUCCACCGUUGGUGACUGAAAACUGGUCUGACCUGGAUGUCUCGGUAAGUUUGUUUGUCUACAUCCUGAAUCUUUUUAUGAAACCACACCUUUUAGAAUGGGCUAGAUGGUUUCUCCCCCUUUUUAGUAGUGCAUUGAUUGUUUGACUUUUACUAGAAUUUUUUGGUUGUGCUUUUGUCGGACAAUUUGAUAUCCAAACAUGGUUAGCCUGGACACUCCUCUUUUUCAGUGUUCAGACAGAAAUCCAAAAAAGCAACUGAUAACUUAAUAAAUGGCAUGCGUUUACCUCCCUUACAGCUCCCUCCCGUCCUUCCCGAGGCCACCUUCCACGAGAACUUUGACGAGGGGCUGUUUGAGCUGCCGGAGCCCCUUGCCGUGGAGCCCUCGGUGUCGCCCCUGGACAGUGUGCCUCCCCCUACCUCCACCGUCCCCUCCAACAUCGACUACCCGGGGGAGCACGGCUUCGAGCUGCGCUUCCACAAGUCUGGCACCGCCAAGUCGGUCACCUCGACCGUGAGUGUCAUGCAUAGUCACUGCACAUGCCUAAAUAUGCUGGUGUUAAAAGCACUAAUAGUCUAUGCUACUUGUAAGCCAUAAGCAAAGUCUUGAGCUGUCGAAAGGGACUACUAGUAGGCCUUACUGAGGUAUUGGAGCCACAUUUCACUUCCCCCAAGUCAUGCUUUUUAGAAUGACUCUUUUAAAAUGUUGCUGUUGAUCUCCUGUAACCCACAUAAAGCAUAAGAGAAUGUGUUUUCAAUGUAAUCUUCUUUUGACCCUCAAUAUGAACAGGAACUGUUUCCUGUUACAGCUAAGUCUUAACCCUUUACACUCGUACCCAUAUGGGUUGAAAAUGGCAGAUUUGGGCGUUUAAUAAGCACCUAAAAUGGAAUGCAGUGGCUGUACAGUAACGGCGCUGUAUGGGUUUUGACUGACAGACGUUCUGAACUUGAGCGCUGCAUGCGACGACAUUGCCCUCAUCCCUCCCGCUAAUUGGGCAACUUUAGCACAUUUUUUGUUGUCUGAUUGAGGGAAAUGCUGUAAAUGAAGGGGACUCUUAUGUAUUUUGAAAGAUGACGUUGAGGAUUAUAAUGAAUACCCCUUUGAUGUCAUACAUGCAAGCAAAACACCUGCGAGUCCAAAUGUGCACUUCACAUUUGUGUCAUAAAACUCAAGUCAUAUACAGUGUCAACAUUGUUUGAUAUAGUUACAAGAUGACAUGGUGCCACGUUUUCCAGGAAUAUUUUAAUCAUGUUACUGAAUGUAUCCAGAGUAUUUUCAGAUUUGUUUUAAUCAACUAAUGUGGUGAAAAGUACAGUAAAUGUAAAAUUAACAGUGUAAUGUUUGGAUUCAGUCUUGUUGGGUGAGUUGUUUUGUCCUCAACUUUGGUCUAAUAAUUUUCACAAUCUCCAAACUGUUCCCUUUCAAUUGCUACCAUGCUUAUGCAUUUCAUGGUCCUCUGUAGCUCAAUUGGUUGAGCAUGGCGCUUGUAACGCCAGGGUAGUGGGUUCGAUCCCCGGGACCACCCAUACGUAAAAAUGUAUGCACACAUGACUAAGUCGCUUUGGAUAAAAGCGUCUGCUAAAUGGCAUAUUAUUAUAUUUCUUCUGUAAGAAACAUUUCAAUGUAGCCCUAUCCAUAUAGAGCAGUUCCCACGAGUGUAAAGGGUUAAACAGCACUGCAAUAGGAAUGAGACACGACCUACCAUGCUGUCCCACCCUUUGAGAAGCCCAGUCUAACUGUACAUUCACUGUGUGUAUAUAUAUGUGUGUGUGUGUGUGUAUAUAUAUAUGUAUGUAUGUGUGUAUAUAUAUAUAUAUAUAUAUAUAUAUAUAUAUAUAUAUAUAUUACUCACUCACUCAUCUUUCAAUUUGAUGAACAUAACUUUAGAAUGACUUAAAUGUUUUAUGCUGCAUUUUCUCCUGGAUGAAACAAUACUUUUUUAUGAAUAGAUUUAUCAGAAUGAUAAUUAAUAGUAAGAUUGUGUAAAACCUGUUUAAUCUAUGGUCUCAUUUCAAUCAAUUACAGUAAAUUGUGGUUACCUUACCUCAGACGCAAGGUUUUGGCGAAAGUAUUUGGUUUCCACGGCGACUCACAUGCCAGCGUGCUAUGAUAUGUCUAUCAGACUUGUUUUUAGGUGCGCUGCCCUCAAAUGAACGCCCCCUGCAACUCAUUCAUUGGAACCAUAGACUUAGAUGGACAUCGCAUCAUUGUAUCUGUCCCAUUAUGGCGUCUGAGAGCACAGACAGCGCCAUUGAGGCCAUCUCCAUUUUAAAGUAGUACAUUUUCUUCUACUACUUCUAGUUGGCAAACAAACUGAAAGAGUGCACACUGCCACCUAGAGUGUGUUUAUUAGGACAGGUAUAAAGCCAUGGUUGGUGAUUUUACUGCCAUCUACACUUAUGGAAUGUUUCCUCAAGUAUAAUUCAGUGGCUGAUCCCUCCUGGUGACCUGGAUGGAAUGAUGUGAUCCUUCCUUAACCCAUAGGACAGGGGUCAUCAACUAGAUUGAGCUGCGGGCAGUUUUUUUCUUUUUCUAAAAAAAUUUCUUGAGCGAAUGGUCGGGGGGCUGUAACAUAUUUACAAAUUAAUUUGUUGACUGAAAAUUGACUGCAAGAAGCCCAAAGUGGAUAAUAUUUUACUUAAACAUAAUAAUUUCAAACCUUGCUUACAUUUGUAUACGAUCACGUGUCUCUUAUGCGUGGGAAUAUUGUUUUUUGCUCGGAACUUAGGUGGUCAAAUACAACCAUUUGGCCGCGGGCUGCAAGUUGGGGAACCCUGCCAUAGGAAGUCCCACCCAGUUGACUAUUAAAAUGGUGAAAGUCCUCAAUGGUGCUGCCCAUGCUGAAAUGGGCGUUUGGGCAAUAGUCUUCUAUCUCUAUGAUUGGAACUGAGGAGUUGCAGGCUGGUUGCAGUAAAGCAUGGGUCUGACAUGACUGGGCAUGUUUCACACAAGGGCUCCAGCAUGGAAAGGGUUAAAACGCAGCUGUUUCGGUCCAAAAUUAUAGUUAAAAGGGUAUUUAUAAUUUCUUUAGAAUAUAACUGUAAAACAAUAUUUUGUUCUUAUUAAUUCCUAUGGGUGUUUUUCCCACUUUGCUUUUGUAUUUGUUGUAUGAACUUUGAUAGUGACAUGCUGCCUGAGAAGUAAUUGAGCAAGUACCUAUUUUUUUUCAUAAAUUCAAUUCACAUCUUUAUUCUUUCACAAAGGGAAAUUCCUCAUGGACAAAUACUGAUUGCUCACUUUUCCUCCCUCCCCAGUAUUCUGUGCAGCUGAUCAAGCUGUACUGCCAGCGGGCUAAGACCUGCCCGGUGGAGGUGCUGAUGGCCAAGGAGCCCCCGCUAGGAGCCAUCCUCCGUGCCACAGCCAUCUACAAGAAGUCAGAGCACAUGUCCGAAGUGGUCAGCCGCUGCCCCCAUCACCAGAGCACCUCAGACAACAAUGAAGGUGUGUGUUUUUAGUCUUGAGGUAAAAAUUCAAAAGUGAGGUAGAUAAUUGGUCAUUUGCCCAUGUUGAGAGUUAAGCAGGCUGAUACAAUUUCUCACUAGGUUCAUUAGGUUGUAAAGAAUGAACAUGCAGAAUUCUGGGGGAAUCUGGUGGAGUGACCUGAUUUGUCUUAACUGUAUGAUUAAGCUUAUUUUGGCCAAACAGAUUGUGAACCCAAAUGUGUAACUGAUUCUAGGGUGAGGACAAUACAUUCAUUGAAAGAUAAUUUGGGUUAGGUGUAGGGGCAGAUUUGGGCUAUGUCAUCUUGUUUUCAGGAAAUUGUAUUAGCAGUUUAAUUAAUUUGGUCUUUCACAAUAGCUAAUGUAAGUAAUUAGAACAAUUCCCAACCCCUACAAUGAUGGAUGUUCAUUUGAUUUUUGUUGAAUGUGGGAUAAUUUGUAAAAAUCAAAUGUCAUAUGAACAUAUUCAAACCCCCAGUAUUUAGGAAACGUAGAUCAGGGUUGGCCAACCAUCUUGAUGAGCUACCGGUAGGUCCUAUUUUAAAGGAAUAGUCCACCCAAACGAAUUACAUAUUUACAUGUUUGUUUCUUAUAGAAAAGGAAAGACUGCAAUCCAUCCUAUGGUUAGCCACUGCCACCGACCGGUAAUAUUAGCAUUUCUAACCGAAAACCAAUGUACUUCAAUGUCCCCCAGCAUGCCCAAAUAAUCUCAAAGUAACUUCAAACCAAAUUGUCGAAUUUUGAGUGUGUAUUCAACUUUAAAAUAAUCCUGAAUGCACCAGACCUGUGAUUAAAAAAAUUAAUAAAUAUUCCACCCUGGUCAUGUGAAAAUAUGUAGAAUUGCAGGAAAUUAGCUUUAAAACGGAAUCUUCCUGUGGGAGGUCCCCUCAGACACCUUGACACCCCAGCCUGGGUUGGCGCCAAUGACAUUCACAGGAGGAAAUCUCACUGCAAACUGUCUUCUAAAGUUGUCAGCCCUACAAGGCAUAAUUUCCCCCUCAUGUAAAAGAUGGUCCCUGGAUGUUCUGAGAGGAGUCUCUUCCCCCCCCCCCCCCCCCCUCACUUCCUGUCUACUUCCUGUUUCCUGUCAGGUGUGGCCCACCGCAGUCACCUGAUCAGGGUGGAGGGGAGCCAGCGGGCUCAGUACCUGGAGGACAGCAACACCAAGCGUCAGAGCGUGCUACUGCCCUACGAGCCUCCUCAGGUAUACCCCCCUUCCUCUGGUCUCCUGUAUUCGUUUUAUUAUGAAAUCAUAAUUUUAUUUGCCACUUUGCUUGACACUUUCACCUGUCUAUAAUGCAUUGAAAAUGUGCAUGUACACUACUGUUCAAAAGUUUGGGGUCACUUAGAAAUGUCCUUGUUUUCCAUGAAAACAUACAUGAAAUGAGUUUGAAUAGGAAAUAUAGCAAAAUGCAUAGGAAAUGUAGUCCUUGACAAGGUUAGAAAUAAUGUUUUUUUUAAUAGAAAUAAUAAUUGUGUCCUUCAAACUUUAGCUUUUGUCAAAGAAUCCUCCAUUUGCAGCAAUUACAGCCUUGCAGACCUUUGGCAUUCUAGUUGUCAAUUUGUUGAGGUAAUCUGAAGAGAUUUCACCCCAUGCUUCCUGAAGCACCUCCCACAAGUUGGAUUGGCUUGAUGGGCACUUCUUACGUACCAUACGGUCAAGCUGCUCCCACAACAGCUCAAUAGGGUUGAGAUCCGGUGACUGUGCUGGCCACUCCAUUAUAGACAUAAUACCAGCUGACUGCUUCUUCCCUAAAUAGUUAUUGCACAGUUUGGAGCUGUGCUUUGGGUCAUUGUCCUGUUGUAGGAGGAAAUUGGCUCCAAUCAAGCGCUGUCCACAGGGUAUGGCGUUGCAAAAUGGAAUGAUGGCCUUCCUUCUUCAAGAUACCUUUUAUACUGUACAAAUCUUCCACUUUACCACCACCAAAGCACCCCCAGACCAUCACAUUGCCUCCACCAUGCUUGACAGAUGGCAUCAAGCACUCCUCCAGCAUCUUUUCAUUUGGUCUGCGUCUCACAAAUGUUCUUCUUUGUGAUCCGAACACCUCAAACUUCGAUUCAUCUGUCCAUAACACUUUUUUCCAAUCUUCCUCUGUCCAGUGUCUGUGUUCUUUUGCCCAUCUUUUCUUUUUAUUGUCCAGUCUGAGAUAUGGCUUUUUCUUUGCAACUCUGCCUAGAAGGUCAGCAUCCCGGAGUCGCCUCUUCACUGUUGACGUUGAGACUGGUGUUUUUCGGGUACUAUUUAAUUAAGCUGCCAGUUGAGGGACCUGUGAGGCGUCUGUUUUUCAAACUAGACACUUAAUGUAUUUGUCCUCUUGCUCAGUUGUGCCCCGGGGCCUCCCACUCCUCUUUCUAUUCUGGUUAGAGCCAGUUUGCACUGUUCUGUGAAGGGAGUAGUACGCAGCGUUGUACGAGAUCUUCAGUUUCUUGGCAAUUUUUCGCAUGGAAUAGCCUUCAUUUCUCAGAACAAGAAUAGACUGACGAGUUUCAGAAGAAAGUUAUUUGUUUCUGGCCAUUUUGAGCCUGUAAUCGAACCCACAAUUGCUGAUGCUCCAGAUGCUCAACUAGUCUCAAGAAAGCCAGUUUUAUUGCUUCUUUAAUCAGCACAACAGUUUUCAGCUGUGCUAACAUAAUUGCAAAAGGGUUUUCUAAUGAUCAAUUAGCCUUUUAAAAUGAUAAACUUGGAUUAGCAAACACAACGUGCCAUUGGAACACAAGAAUGAUGGUUGCUGAUAAUGAGCCUCUGUACGCCUAUGUAGAUAUUCCAUUAAAAAUCAGCCGUUUCCAGCUACAAUAGCCAUUUACAACAUUAACAAUGUCUACACUGUAUUUCUGAUCAAUUUGAUGUUAUUUUAAUGGACAAAAAAAUUGCUUUUCUUCCAAAACAAGGACAUUUUGUAAGUGACCCCAAACUUUUGAACGGUAGUGUAUGUUUAAGUGAAUCUUCACUUUGUGUAUGUGUUUGUAUAGCUGGGCUCCGAGGCAACUACUGUUCUCCUGAACUUCAUGUGCAACUCCAGUUGCAUGGGUGGUAUGAACCGACGGCCCAUUCUCACCAUCCUGACCCUGGAGACCCAGGAGUAAGUCUCUCUCCUUUUCCCUUCUCAUUGUGUUUGUUCAUACUGGAAAAUAUUUUUCUGAGUCUCGUCCUUAUUUGUGUGCGUAUAUACACUACCAGUCAAAAGUUUGGACACCUACUCAUUCAAGGGUUUUUCUUUUAUUUCUACUAUUUUUUACAUGGUAGAAUAGUGACGACAUCAAAACUAUGAAAUAACACAUAUUGAAUCAUGUAGUAACCAAAAUGUUAUAUUUGAGAUUCUUCAAAUAGCCACCCUUUGCCUUGAUGACAGCUUUGCACACUCUUAGAAUUCUCUCAACCAGCUUCAUGAGGUAGUCACCUGGAAUGCAUUUCAAUUAUCAGCUGUGCCUUAAGUUAAUUUGUGGAAUUUCUUUCCUCCUUAAUGCAUUUGAGCCAAUCAGUUGUUGUGACAAGGUAGGGGGGGGUAUACAGAAGAUAGCCUUAUUUGGUAAAAGACCAAGUCCAUAUUAUGACAAGAACAGCUGAAAUAAGCAAAGAGAAACGACAGUCCAUCAUUACUUUAAGACAUGAAGGUCAGUCAAUACCGAACGUUUUCUUCAAGUGCAGUCGCAAAAACCAUCAAGCGCUAUGAUGAAACUGGCUCUCAUGAGGACCACCACAGGAAUGGAAGACCCAGAGUUACCUCUGCUGCAGAGGAUAAGUUCACUAGUUACCAGCCUCAGAAAUUGCAGCCCAAAUAAAUGCUUCAGAGUUCAAGUAACAGACACAUCUCAGCAUCAACUGUUCAGAGGGGACUGUGUGAAUCAGGCCUUCAUGGUUGAAUUGCUGCAAAGAAACUACUACUAAAGAACACCAAUAAGAAGAUGAGACCUGCUUGGGCCAACAAACACAAGCAAUGGACAUUAGACCGGUGGAAAUGUGUGCUUUGGUCUGGAGUCCAAAUUUGAGAUUUUUGGUUCUAACCGCUGUGUCUUUGUGAGAUGUGGUGUGGGUGAACGGAUGAUCUCCACAUCUGUAGUUCCCACCAUGAAGCAUGGAGGAGUUGUGAUGGUGUGGGGGUGCUUUGCUGGUGACACUGUCUGUGAUUUUAUUUAGAAUUCAAGGCACACUUAACCAGCAUGGCUAUCACAGCAUUCUGCAGCGAUACGCUAUUCCAUCUGAUUUGGGCUUAGUGGGACUAUAAUUUGUUUUUCAACAGUACAAUGACCCAACACCCCUCCAGGCUGUGUAAGGGCUAUUUUACCAAGAAGGAGAUUGAUGGAGUGCUGCAUCAGAUGUCCUGGCCUCCACAGUCCCCCGACCUCAACCCAAUUGAGAUGAGUCGGAAAAGCAGCCAACAAGUGCUCAGCAUAUGUGGGAACUCCUUCAAGAGUGUUGGAAAAGCAUUCCAGGUGAAACUGGUUGAGAGAAUGCCAAGAGUGUGCAAAGCUGUCAUCAAGGCGAAGGGUGGCUAUUUGAAGAAUCUCAAAUAUAAAAUAUAAACUCAGCAAAAAAAGAAACGUCCCUUUUUCAGGACCUGGUCUUUCAAAGAUAAUUCAUAAAAAUCCAAAUAACUUCACAGAUCUUAAUUGUAAAGGGUUUAAACACUGUUUCCCAUGCUUGUUCAAUGAACCAUAAACAAUUAAUGAACAUGCACCUGUGGAACGGUCGUUAAGACACUAACAGCUUACAGACGGUAGGCAAUUAAGGUCACAGUUAUGAAAACUUAGGACACUAAAGACGCCUUUCUACUGACUCUGAAAAACACCAAAAGAAAGAUGCCCAGGGUCCCUGCUCAUCUGCGUGAACGUGCCUUAGGCAUGCUGCAAAGAGGCAUGAGGACUGCAGAUGUGGCCAGGGCAAUAAAUUGCAAUGUCCGUACUGUGAGAUGCCUAAGACAGCGCUACAGGGAGACAAGACGGACAGCUGAUCAUCCUCGCAGUGGCAGACCACUUGUAACAACACCUGCACAGGAUCGGUACAUCCGAACAUCACACAUGCGGGACAGGUACAGGAUGGCAACAACAACUGCCCGAGUUACACCAGGAAUGCACAAUCCCCCCAUCAGUGCUCAGACUGUCCGCAAUAGGCUGAGAGAGGCUGGACUGAGGGCUUGUAGGCCUGUUAGGCAGGUCCUCAGCAGACAUCACCGGCAACAACCUCUCCUAUGGGCACAAACCCACCAUCGCUGGACCAGACAGGACUGGCAAAAAGUGCUCUUCACUGAUGAGUCACGGUUUUGUCUCACCAGGGGUGAUGUUUGGAUUCGCGUUUAUCGUCGAAGGAAAGAGCGUUACACCGAGGCCUGUGCUCUGGAGCGGGAUCGAUUUGGAGGUGGAGGGUCCGUCAUGAUCUGGGGGCGGUGUGUCACAGCAUCAUCGGACACCUCCUCCCUCAUGUGGUACCCUUCCUGCAGGCUCAUCCUGACAUGACCCUCCAGCAUGACAAUACCACCAGCCAUACUGCUCGUUCUGUGUGUGAUUUCCUGCAAGACAGGAAUGUCAGUGUUCUGUCAUGGCCAGCGAAGAGCCCGGAUCUCAAUCCCAUUGAGCAUGUCUGGGACUUUUUGGAUCGGAGGGUGAGGGCUAGGGCCAUUCCCCCUAGAAAUGUCUGGGAACUUGCAGGUUCCUUGGUGGAAGAGUGGGGUAACAUCAGUGGGGUAACAUCUCACAGCAAGAACUGGCAAAUCUGGUGCAGUCCAUGAGGAGGAGAUGCACUGCAGUACUUAAUGCAGCUGGUGGCCAGAUCCUGACUGUUACUUUUUGAUUUUGACCCCCCCCCCCCCCUCAAUUUCUGUUAGUCACAUGCCUGUGGAACUUGUUCAGUUUGUCUCAGUUGUUGAAUCUUGUUUAUGUUCAUACAAAUAUUUACACAUGCUGAAAAUAAACGCAGUUGACAGUGAGAGGACAUUUAUUUUGAUUUGUUUAACACUUUUUGGGUUACUACAUGAUUCCGUAUGUGUUAUUUCAUAGUUUUGAUGUCUUCACUAUUAUUCUACAAUGUAGAAAAUAGUAAAAAUAAAGAAACCCUUGAAUGAGAAGGUGUUCUAAAACUUUUGACUGGUACUGUAUGUCAAGCAUUCGCUUUUCUGUGGGGGUAAAAGUUUGAGUUCGCUUUACAUCUGCGAUAAUGUGUUUGGGUCCCCUUGAGUUUGUUCCCCCUAACUCUCACUAUUCUCCACUCCUCUCUGUCUAGAGGUCAGGUUUUGGGUCGCCGUUGUUUUGAAGUCCGAGUCUGUGCCUGCCCUGGCCGGGACCGCAAGACCGAGGAAGAGAACGCAAACAAAGCUCGAAACGGGACCAAGAACACCAACGGCACCAAGAGAAGUAAGACUGGGGCCACGUCCCAACACUAUUAACACUGUCUCCUAUGUCUUUGUUGACGUUGUCUCCUCUCCCGUCAGAGUCCCAACAGGCCCUGCCGCCUCCGGGAACCAGUAAGAAGAUCAAGAGCGGCUCUAGCACUGAGGAUGAAGACAAGGACAAUGUAUUCUUGUUGCAGGUGGGGGAAUCUCACACACGCAGGCCAACAGACACUUUUUGGAGGGAGAAUUUGUGUAUCUCUACUUCAUGGUUGUGACAAGGUGCCCAUUUAAAAUUCCCUCCCUUUCGCUCAGGUUUGUGGAAGACAGCGCUAUGAGUGGCUCAAGAAGAUCAAUGAUAGUCUGGAGCUGAUGGACCACGUUCCUCCCGCUGAGCAGGAGAAAUACAAGAAGAAAGGGUAAGCUACCAACGGCAGACAAUUGAUGACGAAAUUCUCCCUAAAAUGCACCUGUCCCACUUAUGUGCAUUACUCCCUCAUUUCCCCCCACAUCUAUCACCUUUAACAUACUUUUUGUCCUCUCAAUUCUAAAAUAGUCUCAUAUUCGGUGUUUGUCCUGUAUUUGUCUUUCUCAGUUCCCCAAAGAGCCUCAAGCAGGAUGCAUUGGCCCCAAAGAGCGGAAAGAGGAUGGUUACAAAGGAAGAGAGGAGCGACUCUGACUAAGGCCAGGACACCUCAGCCCUUCCUCUGCUGUCUAUUCCAGACCAACAUUAAAUUGUGACUGCAAAGUAAAUGCCCAAUACCAAAACCUAGGCCCUACAUGUAGGCACUUCUUACAAGUCUGAAAGGAUAGGUGUUA